AUGCCCGGAUGCUCAAAGCCUGCGAUCUUUGUGUGUCGAGAAAGAUCAAAUGUGACUUGGCCAAGCCAACCUGUUCAAACUGCCAAUGAAACAAGCCCAGCCAAUUCUUCUUCGACUCCCGCAAGGGACGAGACAAUCGAGUCACGUUUGGCUCAGAUCGAAGCAAGACUGAGCCAAAUCACCACCGAGAAGCCAUCCGACAUUUCACAUCACGAUGCAACCGGCUUGAACAUCCAGAAUUUCCCCGAGAUCCGCGUGUACAAGGUCUCAGACAUGUGGAACGAAGCUACGACAUUACCUUGCCUUGGAAUUUCACCACAGUUUCCAACAGGAGCCAUGUUGGCUCAAACAGGAAAGCUUGAGCUGCCACCACUUCAAGAAGUCAUGGACGUCCUGGAGAGAUACUUCGAUAGCUAUGGCCGCUACAUGCCUCUGUUUGACAAGGUAUCCUUCAUGAAGAUGACGGUCGACUGGUACUCUAAGAAUGAAAGGAGCUAA